UUAAUUGAGGUUAUGUGAGAUAUGAGCAUUUGAAAUAUAAACAAAACUGUGAUAGUUUUUAAAUAAUAUUAGAAAUUAGCCUAAUUUAAUCUAAUUAAGUACUUCCAAAACAUGCAAAACACGUCAGGUUUCACUUUCGGUACAACGAGUACCCCGGCCCCGGCCGGUCAAACUGGACUAUUCAAUACGAGCGGUGGUUCAAGCCUGUUUCAACCUCCAGCCAGCGGUUCGGCGACUCCAUCGCUGUUCGGCACAGCCACGGGGGCAGCUACAGCUACUGUAGCCCCCGCUUUCGGAACCAACGUAGCAUCUAGCGCCCCUUUGUCAUUCGGGGCACCAGCGACUUCUACACCCGCUUUCGGAGCACCAGCGACCUCCGCACCCGCUUUCGGAGCACAGGCGACUUCCGCACCUGCUUUCGGGGCACAGGCGACUUCUGCACCCGCUUUCGGGGCACCGGCGACUUCCACACCCGCUUUCGGAGCACCAGCGACUUCCACACCCGCUUUCGGAGCACCAGCGACUUCCGCGCCCGCUUUUGGGGCACCAGCGACUUCCACACCCGCUUUCGGGGCUCCGGCGACUUCCACACCGGCUUUCGGAGCACCAGCGACGGCCGCGCCCGCUUUCGGAGCGACACCAAACGCCACCCUGAGUUUCGGAGCCCCGACAAGCGCAGCUCCCGCCUUUGGAGCCGCUCCAGCGGCCAGUUCCUCUCUAAGCUUCGGAUUGAAUCCACCAGCUAGUACCGGCAUUGGUUUCGGUCUUGCGGCUUCCACGGCGACUGCGACUCCUAGUUUCGGCAGCGCCACUGCUGCGCCGGCCUUUGGUACCGCUACUACCGCAGCUACCAGUUUCGGAGGCGGAGGUACAACUGCUUUUAAUUUAGGAGGAACAUCUUGUAGUGCUCCAACAACCACUACGACUUCUUAUGGUCUCGGAGGACAACCGACCGCACAAACUAAAAUAAUAACGACUCAGAAAGAUGUGACGCCUAAAGACCAGCCGCUACCUAACGAAAUCCUCCAGACAGUAGAAGAGUUCAAAAAAUUAGUGAAACAACAGAAAUUGUACAGUUCGGACAUAGCUCGUUGUUCGGUCAGGGACUUUAGAAUAGUCGAACAAGACAUUAAUCAGUUGACAAAGCUGUUGUCGGAAGUGGAAAUUCAACUUCAGAAAAACCGGCAAUUAGCUGAAAAGUUAAAGUACGACACGGCGAAAUGCUUAAAAGACGUCGAAAUCGCCCAGAGAACGCAAGAUACUCCCCCAGGACUGCAGUACGAGAACGUGGCUCCGUUAAAGUUCUUUUUAAAUUUGGCUGAUAAAUUUGAAAAAGAAAUGCAGGCUCUUAAAGUACAAAUCGAGGGAGCUGACAACUAUGUGAAAAAUUACCGCAGCAGUAGUGCCCUUACUCCGCAAGACUUGCAUUUGGGAAUGAGAAGAUUGCACGAAUCCUUCGUCGCUUUAGCUGGUCGAUUACACUCUGUACAUAAUCAAGUGGAGUCGCAAAAGGAGGCUUACGUGAUGACUCGAAGAAACUUAUUCAAUGACCAUUCUAAUCCUUUCGAAAAUCUCUACACACCUGCUAAUGUAAAUUUCCAGGAUGUACUGCACCGAACGCCUCCGAAAGUAGCUACCGGUCCAACUCCGUUUAGUAGUCUAGCUAUAGGUCUUACUCAACCGCUUGGUACACAGCAAAAUCAAAGCAACGUUCCUUAUUCCACUCCGACCACUUCUGGAACGGGAUUUGGAAAUGUGGGUUUCGGAUCUACUCUAGGAUCCCAACCGGAAAGUCAGUAUUUGUUCGGUGGUGCAUCUGCAGUUCAAAAUAUCAAUAGUUUUCAAUUACAGAAACCGCCUACCGGCAAUAAAAGAGGAAAACAAUAGCUCCGGUGGCCGCGAAAUUUUCGAUUUUAACGUAAUUUUAAUAUAUUCUGGCUUAAUAUUUAAUAGUAUUGUUUUUCUAAGGUAAUAAAAAUUAUUUUUGGAGCCUUUAAUAU